CAGUUAGCAGAAAGUGUCGCUAUUAGUCCGCGUUAACCCCUUCAGUCCUACGUUUGGGACUUUUGUCUCACGUCAGGAUAAUCUUAGUGUUCUCAGUGAACUUUGAAGCUGCUCGGGUUAUCUUAGGUUGUUAGCUUGCUAACAAACUGAAAAUGUGUAAAGUACAAAUGCUGAGAGCGUUGGUGAAUCAGCGGCUAACUGCGGCUAUUGAAGAAAUAUUUGUAGUGUUGGAAAGAACGAUAGCAGAGUACGAGGAGGAACUUUCUCGAACAAAAGAGGAGAACGAGCAACGACGUCAACUGCUGGAGGCUGUUUUCCAGAACCAUCAAGUUAUGUUACAAAGAGCAGAGGUCACUGAAGAACAUCUUCCCCCUGAGCAGCAGGAGUGGAGCUUCAGGGUGCAGCAGGAGGAGCCCCAGCCCCUCCACAUUAAAAAGCAUGAGGAGGAGCCCAAGCUCCCACACAUUAAAGAGGAAGAGGAGGAUCACAGCAUCAAUCAUGAGGGAGAGCAUCUUGAAGGACUGGAGGAGUUCCCAGUGAUUGGUGUCCCUGUGAAGAGUGAAGAUGAUGAAGACAAAGGUGAAAGUAAGGAGAAGAGAGAGGUGGAGCCUCCAAGCAGCAGCUCAACUCAACACAUGACAACAGAAGCUGAUGGAGACCAUUGUGGAGGAUCACAAGCAGACAACCUCUUAGCUCCACUAACAGAUAGUGACGACACAACGUCACACUCUCCAGACACUGAUGAUGAAGACUCUAAAGCUGAUAUGACAUGUCACACUGACAACACACGCUUUAAAUGCUCUCACUGUGACAAAACUUUUAAACACCGUAGUAGUCUGUGUAGACAUGAGAGAAAUCACACUGACAACACACACUUUAAAUGCUCUUACUGUGGCAAAACUUUUAAUUACCACUGUAAUAUGAAAAACCACAUGAGGCUACACACAGGAGAGAAACCAUUCAAGUGCUCAUUUUGCGAUAAAAUAUUCCCCAUAAAGCAAUAUUUAAAAUCCCACACAGUAAUACACACCAGAGACAAACGUUUUACCUGCUCAGUCUGUGGUAAAAAUUUUUUACGGAAGGCAAAUGUGAAGGCACACAUGAGGCUACACACAGGAGAGAGAACUGGGAAGGAGCAACGUCCACUACUGGAACCUGUUUUCAAGUUGUGACACCCAGAGCAGGAUGGCCACAGCCCCCUCACAUUAAAACAAAAGAGGAGAGUCACAGCGUCAGUCAGGGGGCAGAGCAUCUUGAAGGACAGGAGGAGUUCGCAGUGAGUCCCAGUGGUGAGGAGAGAGAGAUGGAGCCUCCAAGCAGCAGCUCAACUCAACACAUGACAAUAGAAGCUGAUGGCGACCGCUGUCACGGAUAGUGAGCACACAUCACACUCUCCUGACAUUGAUUAAAUACUGAAGCUGAUACGACAUGUCACGCUGACAACAAACGCUUUAAAUGCUCUCAAUGUGGCAAAACUUUUUGUCAACGUAGUGAUAUGAAAAGACAUGAGAUGACACACAGGAGAGAAACCAUUCAAGUGCUCAGUUUGUGAUAAGUCUCCCUGAAGGCACAUUUGAAGUUACAACAGUAAACACUAGAGAGAAACGUUUUACCUAUUCAGGGUGUGGUUAAGGUUUUUUUUUUAAAUUAAAUCCGUAGAUUUAAAUUGGAAUACACACAGGAAAGAGACCAUAUACCUGUUCAGUCUGUGGUAUAGGUUUUGUGCUAAUUUCAGACUAGGAAAAAGCACGAGAAAACACUUGAGAUAAACCAUUUUUUCUGUUAAUAUGCUUCUAUCAUUUAAAUGUAAUAGAAAUGAAAAAAACUACCAGAUUGUCACUCGGUUUCAGUUCAUUAAAUUGCAAACCAAGCUGAGGAAGGGGAAAACAGCCGCUCUUUUAUUAUUGCACUUAUAAUACUGUUAGCCUGUGUACCAAGCCAGUCUGUUAGCGUUUAGCAUCGUUCUCCUGUCAGCUUGCCUGGGUUGAGAUCCCACGGUUGGAAAAAUGUUUUUUUUUUCUGAGGAGAAAAGGAAUUCCUUGUAUUUUCUUUGAUUUUCCGGAAAAUGUCUCUUAUUUUCAAAUGGCAAUAUUCUCAAUAGUUUUUGUCAACAGAAGCCUCUUCACUGGAUUUGUCGAAAGUUGCUUUUUAUUUUAGGAUUGAGUAACUUAGUUGCUGAAUGGGUGACACCGAUCCCCCCAAAUGCACGUUGACGAAAAGUUAUGGCGAAAUGAGUUGCCACUUUCGUCAACGCACAGAAAAGAGCCAAAAAUGUCCACGUGGAUGAAAUCCAAUCAUAUUUACUUUGGUAUUGUAGAUGCUGGGUGUGUUGUUCAUCUAUAAGUGAUGAGACUUCGUCCGGAAGCGUGUAUCUGCAUGCGCACUGCACACGUCUUUGACCGCAACAAUACCGGAAGGAAGUGCCUCUUCUUCGUUGAGUUAUUCGUUGAACAUCGCUGAGGAUAUGAGUACAUCUGCUGGCCAAAUUAGGUACUGCACUGAAUCGUUACUAUGACUACAAUAAGGUUAGUGUGAAAUGACUUAUUGAUAUAUUGAUUGACAGCAGGUCUACUUAUUGUUACACAUUUUAUUAUUCAGAUGCUUUAGGCAGCCGAAAUAAACUAGAUGCCGUAUACUUUAUAUUUUGGUUGACUCAAAUGUUGUGAAAUUUAGUAAACAAAAAUGACCUAAAUCAAUUUAGAUGGCUAAAAUUAAGAUAAAUACAUUUUUUUCAAAAGACUAAAUAAUAAACUGCUCCCCAAUUUAACACUGGAUCUGCGGUACUCUCCACUUAACAAGGAACAUGUCAGUCACUUGUAACCCACAAUGAAAAGCAUAAAGUCAAUUAUCAAUAUCUACAACUGAUUAAGAUUUGUAAAUACGUUGUUUAAAUGAGCAAAGCGUCCUUUUGAAUGACAUAAGUAAGCUUUCAAAUUAAAAACUAUGUUUAAAAGAUAAAGUGUGCAUAUUACUGGUUACUCAUCAGCUGAGAAGCAUUCUAUCCCUUUAAGGCAGGUAUGUCAAACUCGUGCCGUGGAUGGCAGAGACACUGCAGGUUUUCUUUCCACCCGGUCGCUAAAGCAGGGUUUUUUAAUGAUAAACACCUCUUUCAGUUCGAGGGAAUGAGCUCAUCAAUUAAAUCACCUGCUGGAGAAAAUGUUAGGAGAGAAAACCUGCAGUGCCUCGGCCAUCCACUGACACGUGCUUUAAGAGUAGCGCUGAAGUACUUGGACAGAAAAUAGCCCAGUAAUCCCCUUUAAGAGCACGAGGCCCCUCAGUGCGCAGAUAGCAGGCUAUCGAGAAGAAAAGUGGAAUAAAAUCCAUAAAACGAGAUUCAUCUGGUGGAUGAUCCUCCAGGAUCACGUCUUAAUAAACAAGAAUUGACUUUUGGUGAGUUUUUAAUUCUUUUAUUGUGACUUUGUUAGUAGUGUGUGUGUAGUUUUUGUGCUGGGAGCUAUGAAAGUCGUGAUGCAGUCAAUAAUUUGCCCCAAUAAGGUUACAUGUGUGAGUAUACUGUAUGUGGUGUUUACUUUUUGUUAAGAGUGUAUGAGUUUGAGGACAACUUGGCCGUUUGAUUAGCCCCCGGAGACGACGCAUUGCUAACGCUAGCCGCCAUUGCCAUGCUGACGUUAGCCUGCGAUUUGAUCUGAGGUGGAAUUCACCAAAUGUUCAGCGUGACUGUUCGUCCACACUGUUCAUCUGUUUGUUGUGACACUUCUUGACGUGGAAACGUUUUAGACAUUUUAGGUACGCCUGACAAUCAUUACUGUGUUUGUGAAACUAUUAUUUUAUUUGUGAAAAUGCAAUAAAGGCAGAUUUGUCAGUUUUUUCAGCAUCCAGACCACAUUAGACCAGGUCCAGUUUGAAAAACACUGCACCUAAACUCCUCGAAUCUGGCCUGGAUUUAUCCACAGACCAUGAAGGUUCAUGAAAACACGGUUUCUGAUUUGUGAAACCUUUAUUCUAUUUGUGAAAAUGCAAUAAAGGCAGAUUUCACCCUUUUUUCAGCAUAUAGACCACUUUAGACCAGGUCCACUUUGGCAUGUCAAGCUUUUAUGUCAGUCAGGUGGUACAAGAGCCCACAAAAGUGACGUCUGUCAUUUGACACAAACGACACGUUUCAGCAUCAUUGGUGUAAAUAUUGCCACUGUGUUUCCACAUCACACGGUUCUGUAAGAAAAUCCAUGGUGGUCGUUAGUCAACGUGAACAAUGCUAACGCUGUGGAAAUAUUGUCUCUCACUGCAAAAUCAUCCGUUUGUUAGAUCGCGACUGCAAAGCAUGGCGCCGCUGAAAGAUUAAUCACCUGCCGCGCGCCGCUGCUGCCACUGAACCUGAGAAUGGCGUCCAUGCUGAUAACAUCCUAAUUUAUUGUGCACGGGCUUCUAAGUCUCGGCACUUUCACAAUGCUCACUGCUUGUAUUCCGCGCUCUUAAUGACCUCACUAAAAACCUAAAGAAUGAAUGUAAAUUCCAGGAAGAGAAAGUCAUUAUCUCACAAUGAAACAGCUUGUGUGCAGGGAGUCAAGAGGACAGAUGGUUUUUAAUUGGAUAUGACGCAUGUGCAUGUCAUUUUUUGGAAGCUGUGGGACACAAAAAGUGAGCAAAAAACAUGAAGUGAAACAAAUACAGGUAUGAUUACAAAUAUUUUUAAAUGUUGGUCUGUGUCCAUUCCUAAUGUGUUUUGAAAAUGAGAGCCAAAAGGUAGCACCAAAUCUAUUUGUGGCGGGCUGUGUCCCGUCAUAUUGUUUGUGAGCGAGGGCCAACAGGUGGUGCCAAAUCUUUGUUGUGGUCUGAGUGUCAUUCUUAUGUGUGUAUGCGUGAGGGCGACCAGGUCACGCCAAUUCUUAUUUGUGGCGGGCUGUCCCACACUAUAAUGUGUUUGUGAGCGGGGGCGAACAGGUGGCAGCAAAUCUACUUGUGGGGGGCGGCCUGUGUCCAUUUCUAAUGUGUGUAUGCACCAGGUUGAUCAGGUAGUGCCAAAUCUAUUUGUGGCGGGCUGUGUCCCAUUGUGUUUGUGAGCGAGGGCCAAAAGGUAGUGUUGAAUCUAUUGCUGGCAAGCCAAAGGGCCAACGGGUGGCCCCAAAUCUAUUUGUGCAGCCCGUGUCCCAUUUAUGUGUUUUAUGAACAAGGGCGAACAGGUCGAACCAAAUGUAUUUGUGGCGGGCCAUGUCUCAUCAUGACUAUGAGCGAGGGCCAACAGGUAGCGCCAAAUGAAUUUGUGGCGGUCUAUGUCCCAUUAUGUGUUUACGAGCAAGGGCGAACAGGUAGUUCCAAAUCUAUUUGUGGCGGGCCACGCCACACCAUACUGUGUGAGCGAGGGCCAACAGGUAGCGUCAAAUCUAUUUGUGGCGGUCCAUGUUCCAUUAUAAUGUGUUUUAUGAGCGAGGGCCAACAGGUAGCACAAGUGAAUCACGGGAAACAGUGAUUGUUGUUGUUUUUAGCGUGCCAGUUUCUGUAAGAUUUGCAGAAGGGAAGCGUACGGGCAAAGUGGUUCCAUUUUGGUGCAGAUCUGGAUGAAGGUGCAGCUUAAGGCGUGUAUUCAGGAGUGCGGGAGGUCCACUUGAUGUGGUCGUGAUGUUUUGUUCUGGUUCUGGUGUCCACUGAGGCUUCCAAAGACCAAUGAAGCAGUGGACCAUUCAUCUUUUGGUCGCAUGACGAACAAGGAGCAGGAAAAAAGGGUGCAAAAACAGUUGAGGAUAAAACAGUGAAUUAAUUAGCAGCUUUAAUUGUGUGCUCUCCAAUUCCUAUCCUCUGCGGGCGUAAUUAAGAUGUUUAUUUGAACACAGUUUGCUGUUGAAGGAGGCAACACAGCUAAUUGGUAUUAUCGUGGAGUCACGCGCACGCCGCGGCUUUAUCAAGCGGCGGCUGCAGCGCCGGGUCAAUUACGCUCUUAACACAGAAAAGAGGACGUGUUUAAUGGAUUUGUAAGCGCAACAACGUUUAAAAGGCGCUUCUAAGGGGGUUACGUCCUCGGGAGGAACAUCCCCCACCCUGCUAUGCUCCCGGAUGGACGGGCGGGGAUUAGAUAGUGAUGAGCUUGCAUAAUUGUGCCGUUAAUUACCAGGAGAAGACAGGGGUUAUUGGCGGAAGAGCUCGUUUGGACCAUGAAAACGUGCUUUUAUUUUGUUGAUUUGAAUGUGCCUUGAUGGUUCUCCCCCGGCGGUUACGCGGCUUCACAAUGGAGACAAACAAGCUGACUAAUUAGAGCUCACAUCCCCAGGAUGUACGCACUGAAGAUACAAUUUGUCACCGUGCAAAAUCAUGCUCGUCCACGUCGUGUUGGGAGCUGCUGCUGCUGCUGCUGCUAAAGCGAUGAAGAGACCUGCCUGACUAAUGAUGCACCCUCGUUAAUGUCUUUUAUACAUUUUUUUAUAAUGGUAGACAUUGUGUGUAAUGUGUGCUUGAUCUUCCACUGCAAACACAUUCUAAGGAUUGGGGGGGAAGAAUACUUAAAUAUAGUAACAGCUUUCAAGUGCUUUCAUUACCAGCGCGUAUGCACGUCUUCAUGUGCAAAGCAUCACGUUAGCGCAACACAUCCAUCCCACUUUGACACGCUUUUAAUAAUACAUCCAAAUUUAGUUUCCUCUUUGGUACGCUUUCAAAGCCAACAGAAGAACGUAUCAACACAUUCAGAAGAUCCAGCGUUUGAAUUAUUGACAAAUAUGCAUUACUGUAGAUGCCUGCUUAUUGUGGAUGUGGUAACACUGAGAAAUGUCUUAUUUUGGGGCCCACAUAGUGAAAAAAUGAAAGCAUGGGACUUAAACUUGGAUAUUUUGUAAAGAUAUGCUAAGAAUUAUUAUGUUUGUAAUUAUGUAUUAUUGUACUACAAAUUGGAAGUGUAUUAUUUAUUUAUUUUUGCAUUUUCUUAUUUUUCUUUUGUUGUCUUGCCCUGAUUGCUUAUGACUUUAUUAUGAUUUUUGGAGAGCUUCUCGAAACGUGAAUUCCUUUUGGAGAUUAAUAAAGUAUCUAUCUGUAUUUCAUCUCAGCGUUG